AUGCUGACGCUGCUCUCUGCACUGUUUCUUCCAGCAUCAGACACAGAAGAGGUCCUGAAGGCAAAGCAAGGACUUGAUGAACCUCUAGUGCUUCCCAUGGGCUUUGCAGAGCCUUUGGACUGCUGCUUCUCCUAUAUCUCACGGAUCAAGUGUUCAAAUUUUGUAUAUUAUUUCCCCACCAGUGGUACUUGCAUCAAGCCAGGCAUCAUCUUUGUCACCAAGAAGAGGAACCAGGUCUGUGCCAACCCCAGGGAUCAGAAGGUUCAGAAGUGCAUAAAAAGCCUAAAGCAAAUCUCAUGA